AUGGAGACAACCCCCGGCUCUGUUCCUCUGCGGCAACUCCCGAGCUCAGACGAUCUCCAUCAUGAAGCGCCCGAAUACACUGGGCAUGAUUCCUCAUCUGAUUCUUCUCCGCUACAUGAUGAGGAACUUCCAUCAUAUAGCCAGGUGCAGUCAACGAGACCAUUACAGCACAAUCCAUCCUUUCCCCGAUUGGCCUGGAUAUCUUUAUUCUCGAUUAUUUACGUCGCUCUCGUCAUCUAUACUUGGACCAUGACCGCCAUACUGUCAAGCCGCCCCCUCAAAUCCAGCUCUUGGAUGUAUUCGACUGAAACCUUACACUACCCUUACUAUCGUAAGGAUAAAACAGAUUUCGAUCAAGAGCGAAAGAUCUAUCGCUCUGUGCGGAUUAUUCAGGCAUUUAUUCAAGUUGUUACUCUUCCCUGGAUCUCCACGGUGUGUGCUAGUGCCGCUGUAAUCUUUGCACAGAAUCAAAAGAAUUCUAUAGGCCGCCAAGCCACAACUUUGGCUGACCGCGAGUGGAUGGACUUCUCCUUAUAUCGAGCACUGAUUUGUGGGAGAUGGAGGCAAUACGGCAGGAAAGUACUGGCCGCUGCAAUCUUCAUCUGGGUGUUUGGUCUCAUCACAUAUCCCAUCCAGUCGGUCUUUCUCAGUCCACGGUCUGUCAAAGUCCGGACAUCUCCCCAACAGAGAACCGAUAUCUACGCUUCUCGCCCGUUGUAUUCAACAUUAUCUGGUAUCGGCAAGGACGUGUUGCAAGUCCGCGAUGCUCUCAACAAAGCAAAUACCUAUGCCUACCAACCGAACUUGUGGAGUAACAAUAGUGGAGUGCAAUUCUUAACUCUUAACGAUCUGUCCUCUCAAACGUUCUACUCCCAAGUUCCGAGUGGUUUCAAUACAGGACUGAUUCGUCAAUUCGCACCACGUGUGAACUCCACAGCUACAUAUGAGAUCAUAGAAGCGUCCCAGUUUCCAGUCAACUGCGGUUCAAGCUCAGAGGCAUUUUAUGCUGAGCAUUCAGCUUCGUACGCGUGGUACAGUACAUUCUUUUGGGGAGUCACUGCGUGCAUGCCAGGAAAUAUGACAAAAUCACCUUGGCAGACGGAUCGCAACCGACAUGAAUUCUCUGAGGUUCUCUAUCUCAAUAUGACACAAAACGAGUACUUAGAUGGUUCUGGUCAAGCGGUUCUUUACCGAAUCACUGUGAACACUACGGCCGGGUUCUUUGAAUUACCCAACUAUAUGAACCAGGGUGUACCUGGCCCCUUACUGGACAAAGAUCCAGUAGAUAUUUGUGAUCAAUAUUCGGGCAGUACUCUCAAAGCUGCAUCGCUGGAUGCCAUCUCAACAAAGAGCAAAGGACCCUUGUUAUCGGGCGUCAUAGCAAUGUUCGGCCCUGGUUCCUUUAUUGACACAUUCAUGGCAACUGCUGCAGCUCUUGAAGAAGACAAGGUUACCGAUGAGGCGUUGUCAAACUUGCGAGAUAUCUGCAUUGCGAACGCCCCACUCACCAAUCUGCUAGGGACUUCAUCUUCAGGGUGUAUGUCUAUUAUGAGCUCUGUAAAUGGCACCUGGUACCCUGCCGGAUCACAGAUUGCGGAUUGGAUUCAACAGUUCGAAGAAUCCGCGGAUUCGAUUCCACUUGCCUUCGCAGGUGCGGCGUUUCUUGCCAAUCAGGAACUCCUUUCCAGUCAGGCCGGUGGAUGGUAUAUCUACCAAGAUUUGGGCAUAGAUAUGGAUCUUCCAUCAAUAUCUCGCGAGGGAAUCAUCGUAAUCUCGAUCUUGAUGGGACUCUACUUGGUACCUCUAUUAGCUUUUUCACUCUACGCAGAUUGUUAUUCACGAUGA